AUGGUUGAAGUCAAGAAACUACCCCAUCUUACCAACACUGCAUCUAUGGUUGUCUAUUUACUUGAAAAAGCUUUACCUCUAGAGCGUAAUCAACAUGCAGCAUAUCUUGACAACUUUUUUACAUCUGUUCAGCUAUUUAAGCGCCUUCGAAAUCAGGGUAUUGGCGCAGUUGGGACAACACGACCAUAUACAUCAAGAGGGUGUUUCCCGAAAGCGCUACAGAAAAUCAAGGACGGCAGUAAUAAGGUUACAAAACUAAAGCGGAAUGACCUUUAUGCUGCGCCAGUUGAUAAGGUCUUAUGCUUUAUGUGGCAAGAUGAUUAA